UCAAACUACACUUAGGGCAGAGCUUAUCAGCAGACUUUGAACUUGGCACACCCACCAACGUAAUAUUCCCUUGACACGACACACAAUAUACUAAUUGAAUCGAAUUAUAACCAUGGACUAUGUGUGAUAUGCUAAUGCUGGUUUUUCUCCUCUUGCAAAUUCCUCAAAAUAAUGCUGGUUUACGAAUGAGUCGCGUUAGGAGACUAUAGACCAGGUUUAUUGGCCUUGUUGUAUCGACCCAGACCGUGGCUGGCACAGUGGCAAGUGUUGUCCAAGGCAUUGGCGCCCCGUUCGCCUUCCGAUAAAGAUCUUAAUGAGAUAAGAUUGAGCGCAAAUCGGGCGAAAUGGCAGUGGCGCUUAUCAGGCCGAUAAUUACGGGCUGAGCAAAGCCCCCAGAAAUGCGCCUUGAUGAAUUGAUCUAUCCUAAAUGGGCUGCUCGGAAAUCUGCGCUCGAUAAUUAGCAUUAAGGUUUUAUAAUUGAUAUUGAUUGAUUGCCGUAAAUUUGGAGUCGCAGCCGUCGCCGGGCAGCCGUCGCCGUCGCCGUCCGUUUGUUUUUGGCAGUAGUGUUCAGUCAGUAUGUCGCAACAGAAGCAAAAAUUGCAGGAGUCCAAUCCGAACGCCAGGUGGCGCCUGCAAGGACAUCAUAGGGGUGCCAUAGCCUGUUUCUUCGGUGAACUUGUGGCCACAGCCCUGUUUGUUUUCGUCGCCUGCAUGGGCUGUGUGGAAUCGCCCGCCUUCCCCAAUUCGCACUUCCGCAGCGGCCUGACCUUCGGCCUGGCCAUCCUCAUAGCCAUCCAGUGUUUCGGCUCCGUGUCCGGAGCCCAUCUCAAUCCGGCCAUUACUCUGGCCGCCCUGCUGUACGGUGUGAUCGGUUGGAUCAAGGCCAUCGCCUAUUUCGUGGCCCAGGCGGCAGGAGCUCUCAUCGGCUAUGGUCUUCUGGUGGCUAUUCUGCCGGAGAGUUCCAUCAAGGGAGUGGACAGUCCGGCGGGCGCGUGUGUGACAGUGCUGGCAUCUGAUAUCAGUGUGCUUCAAGGUGUUUUCAUUGAGUUCCUCAUCACCUGCUGCCUCGUGAUGGUGGCCUGUUCGGUGUGGGAUCCGCGAAACGUCAAGCUGCAGGACUCGGUGCCCGUGAGAUUUGGCCUGACCGUUUCCUGCCUCAUCCUCACAGCGGGUCUUUUCACGGGAGCCAGCAUGAAUCCCACGAGGUCCUUGGGUCCAGCUGUUUGGAACAACUCCUGGUCACACCAUUGGAUCUACUGGGUGGGUCCUUUGGUGGCAGGUGCUGUGACCUCGCUGAUCUACAGGAUGGCUUUCAAGGGCGACGAGGAGAUCGAUCUGAGAACUUCCGAUGCCAAGAUCCGCAUGAUCGGAGAAGUUGUAGUACAAUAACUUAUAUUGUACGUUAUCUAGUUGUACUAAUCGAAUCUUUACAAAAUAAAUACUUUGUAACUACCUAUUUUA